AUGGCCAAGACAGGUUAUGUCGGACUGUCGGUCGACCAGUGGGAGCACUGGCUCUGGAACCCAGUUCCCGACGUCCAGGCCUAUUUCUCCCCGUCGGUCGCUGUGUAUAAGGCUAUCGCUGGUGUCGGUCGCAGGAUGCAAUACCAGCUUUCCGACACGGAUCCCAUUCCGGGGCCGAUGUACCAACGGUCGAAGCACAAGGAGCAGGCCCAUCGUGUUUCGGCUGGGGGCACAAUCAUGUGUGUUACUGAUAAUGCCGGUCGGGAAGAUGAGGUCAAACUUCUGUUGACCCGGUUCGUGGUCGUGCUGGAAGUGCAGGUCGAUGAGUUCCAACUGGCUAUGGAACAAGGGUCGGUCAGACCAUGCACCAACGACGGCUUCGUCGUGAGGAACCUCGACUUGUCGGUCGAGAAGCACCUCAAAGUCACACGCAUGGACGCCCGCCUCGAGGUGGAGGCGUUGCCAAGUGACGUGCCGGUCGACAAGCCUGCUUUCGUGUUCUACAAGAUCUCCGAUGAUGUGACGGAGCUGUCGGUCGUGAAGAAGCUAGCUACAGCAUGUGGCGGCACGGCGGUCGAUGUGCGGCUGAGCUACUAUGGAGUGGGCAUGCUUCCAGCUGGACUCCUUCACUAUGAUGAAAGCAUGUCGCCGGACUACUACUACGCGCCGACGCUUCCCCAGAUGGGCGUUGAGUCGGUCGCCGCGGAGUACAAGGUCAUGGUUCAGUUCAGCAACAAGGUGCCGGUCGGUGACUUCGUGAAGUUAAAGAACCUCGAGACGCUGAAAGAAUACAUGUACCAGAACGAUAAAGAGUUGGAGGAGCUGAACAGUCGGUCGUCAACUCUGCUCGCGAUACAGAAGAAGCUGGUCGCAGAAAUGGAUGAGAUGCUCGCCAAAGAGUCGGUCGUGGAUCUGGCGGGCAAGACAACGGUGUCGGUCGAGGAUCUGGCGGGCAAGACAAAGCAGCCACUCGUCAUGGAGUCGGUCGAGGAAGAUGUUGCAGGCAAGACAAAGCAGCCGCUCGUCAUGGACCAGGUCGCUGAGUCUAGCUGA